UCGAUGGCGUUGUUGGUCUUAGGUAGAACGCGUCUAUUGUCACUCUUGAGUUUUGAUGGAAAAUGGAUAUUGUUUGUUGAUAUAUAUGAUAGAUAUGGCUGAUAGACUUUUUGGUUGAUUGAUAGCUUACGAUAGCGCUGUUAUUGAAUUUGUCAUUACCAAGAAAUAGAAUAACUAAACCAUUGAAAAGGGUUCAUUUGUAACGAGAUUACUAUUUGUUAGUAAUAAAUAUGGGAGGCGGUGAUUUGAAUACCAAGAAAACUUGGCAUCCUAGCACUAUGAAAAAUCAAGAGCGGGUCUGGAAAGCAGAGCAAGCAGCGGCGCAGGAAAAGAAACGAAUCGUUGAAUUGGAACGAGAAAGAGCUCAGGAGAGAGACAGGGAGGAAUUAAAUGCACUGGCCAAAAAAAAUUCUAAUGUGGAAACAAGUGACAAUCGCUUGCAUUGGAUGUAUGAUAAACCUGAUAAAAAAAUCCAGCAAGAAGAUUAUUUGCUAGGCAAAGCAAUAGAUAAAAAUUUUGAUCAAGCUGGUAAAUCUGAUCAGAAUGAAAUCCCAGCUGUUUCCCGCAGAGUUGUCGGGUCCAGUAUGAUUACAUCAGCUGGCGAUGUACAAGUCGAUCUGGCACGUAAACUCAGAGAGGAUCCGUUGCUUUUGGUGAAAGAAAGGGAGAGAGAAGCUCGUGCUGCUCUAUUGAACAAUCCUGUACAAAGACGUAGACUUGCUGAGUUACUACGCAAAGAACAGGAACAGAAAAAAUUACAUAAAGGAGAGAAAAAAUCAAAGAAAAAAGACAAAAAUCUUGAUAAUUUGUUAGCAGCAAAGAUAAACGCUUUAGGUGGGGAGAAAGGUAUGAAUAUUGCUAAAUUGCUUGAAUCAGAUGACAGUUCGUCUGAAAGUUCUUCGGAUGAAGAAGUCAAGAAGAAAAAGAAGAAAAAGCAAAAGAAAAAGAAAAAAAAUUCUAAAAAAUGUUAUAUUGACAGCGAUGUUGAUUUGCCGAAUAAAAGUAAGAAAAAGAUUAAUGAAACUAAAGCAAACAGUGAGGACAGUGACAGAGAAUAUAAAGCAAAGAAAAAAAAAUCUCAGCACAGUUCUAGCUAUGAAAGUAGUAAAGAUUUUUCCUCUAAAAGAAAAGCUAAAGAUAGUAGUGACGAUGAAAGGUUUUCAUAUAAAAAGAAAAGACGAGAUUUUACACCAAAAAGAAAUAAAGAAACUGAAAAUCGCAAAGUAUCCCGUGAUUCUAGUGAUGAUAGAUCUAAAUCAAGAAAUGAUAAACGGAAAUACGACUAUGAUAAAAAGCAAAGGAGAAUUGACGAAAGUGACCGUCGGCAUAAGCCAGAGUGCAAAAAAACUGGUCUCAGUGAAGAAGAGAAAGCGGCAAGGUUGGCAGCAAUGGCAUCUGCGGGGGCGGAAAGGGAAGUACAGCGAGGUCGCCGUGUCGCAGAACAGAGGGCUGAAAACGAUGCUGCUGAGAAAGCAGUUUCUCGUCAUUCAUCUCGUAAUGAAGCGCGUGUCUUACCCGAAUCCCUUGAAAGUAGAAUUCAUUCCAAUAGACACAACAUUCAGCGUGACCAACGACACAUGAAUGAACAUUUUGCUAAAAGAUAGUUAAGGAAUAAAUCAAGUAACUUUUUAUUUUGUUUAAUUCGUCAAUCAUACAUUUCAUAGCACUAGUUUAUAUAUUAUUUUUUUGACAUAAUAAAUGAAUACACAAAUGCUA